AUGCUUGCUUCAAGGAUACAAAUAAAUGGAAGAAGAAGAGGGUUAUUUGUUUCAGCUGUAGAUAAUGAUUGUCUUGUCACAGACACCGGCGUGAAGGGUCAUGGAGGUGCUGAGAGCUCAAUUUAUGACAAUCAGCUGUCAGCAGUGAAUUCCCCAAUUGAGGAUUCUGCAGUAGGAAACAAUGUUGGUGAGGAGUCAGGACCUCAAACCUCUGGAGCUUCCAAUGGCUCAACAAUUUUGGUGGAUAUAAAGUCUAGGCCAAAAAGGUCGCCUCUAACAGCAAGAGAGAGACUACAGGCUGCGAGAUUUAUCAGCCGUUACACAGAAUCAAAGACAUCAAAAUCAGAGAUGGGCAGGAAAGUAUUGGAUGCCCUGAGAGAAAGUGACGAGGGCAAGAAAAGAUCUGGCCUUCCAGAAGCCCCUGAAAACAUGUUUGAUGACAGCAAGCGAGGGUUGCCAAAGGAGGGGUGGACUUUUCAAUUUCCAGGGGGUUCAGAACUCUUUUUCAUUGUCGUUUCAUUUGUUUUAAUCAGCACAAUAAUGUUUGCAACGACUUACAUUGUCUGGAAAGUUGGUGCAAUCCAUUUUGAUGAGUAUUAA